AUGAAAACCCCACGCGCUUUGUUGAGAGCUAAUAUUCGAAGUUUCUCAUUAAAAGAGCGGUCUGCUAGCGCCAAUUGGUUGGGUAGCGGCUAUUAUUUUCACCAGAAACAAUACUAUCGUCAACAUCAGAUCUUGACUGCUCGGUCGUCUCCAUCGGCUACUAGGGAUCGAUUCGUGCGUAACCUUUCUACUACUCCUUAUUAUUACACAGGACCAUCUGGUACUAUCACUAGAAAUAUUAAUACAAUGUCUGCUGCUGCUAGUGGUACUGUCAAGUCUGCUUCAAGGCAACCUCCAGUUGCUCCUCUUCGUUGGGAGAUCACUGCUGACGAAAUUAAAGAGAGACAGGAGGCUCUUUUGGCGAGAAGCAAGAAAAUCGAGGAUGAAAUUGCUGCUGAAGAGAAUCCUACUUUCGAAAAUGUCAUUCUCAAGUAUGCUUUGAAUGAAAACGAUAUUAUUAAUGAACAGUGCAUCUUGGGAUUCUAUCACCAUGUUUCUGCUGACAAGGCUUUGCGUGAAGCUAGUGCCGAUGCUGAAGAGAAAAUCGAAAAUUAUACAAUUGAGGCUGGCAGUCGUGAAGACGUUUACAAGUCUAUUAAGAAAGUCUAUGAUGAUCUGCCACAAUUGACAAAGACUCUUGAUCCCGAGUCGAUUCGAUUGGUGGAGAAACUGGAAACCAAAUUCAGAAGAAACGGUCUUGCUCUGGAUAAGGAGACCAGAGACAAGGUCAGUGAGCUUCGUAAAGAGUUGUCUAGCAAUUCUAUCAAGUUCUCUAAACAACUCGCUGAAGAAACUGGAUUCCUCCUGUUCACCAAAGAAGAGUUGAAGGGAGUUCCAGAGUCUAUUCUUGAAAGAUAUCAGUUCCAGGAGGAUUCUGGAAAGUACAAAGUUACUUUCAAGUACCCAGACUAUCUUCCUCUUAUGAAGUAUGCUGAAAACGAUGCUACGAGAAAGACCGCUUAUAUCGGGUAUGAGAACCGUGUUCUUGAUAACAAGGAGCUGGUGAAGAAGGCCAUCACAUUGCGUGCUCAAGCUGCUAAGUUACUAGGAUACAAGAACCACUCUGAGUUUGUUUUGGAAGAGCGAAUGGCCAAGUCGCCUGAGAUUGUCAACUCUUUCUUACAAGACUUGCGAAAUAGAGCUUCUGCCAAGGGUAAAGAGGAGGUUGAUAAUCUCAUUGCUCUUAAGAAUGAACACCGUAGUGAGCCUGGUGUUGCCAAGUCGAGUGAGGGCCCUCAUGAUCAGCUUUACAGUUGGGACCACUCAUACUACAACAACCUCCUACUUGAACGGAAAUACCAAGUCGACGAUGAAAAGAUUUCCGAGUAUUUCCCACUCAAUCAAACCAUCGAUGGCAUGCUCGAUAUAUUUUCAGUUCUGUUCGAUCUUGAGUUUGUUCCUACCAAGGUCGACUCGUCGUUAUUAUGGCACGAGGAUGUGCAUCUUUUCGCGGUGUGGAGAAAGGACACCAACCAAUUUGUUGGUUAUCUUUACCUUGAUAUGCACCCUAGAGACAAUAAGUAUGGACAUGCUGCCAAUUUCUCAUUAACAAAGCGAUUCCACUAUCCCGAUGGCUCUGUUAACUAUCCCUCGACAGCCCUUGUGUGUAAUUUCUCCAAACCUACUGAGACCAAACCAUCGCUGCUCAAGCACUCGGAGGUUACUACAUUUUUCCAUGAACUUGGUCACGGACUUCACGAUCUUGUAGGAGAUGCCAAGUACGCUCGUUUCAGCGGUACAUCGGUAGACUGGGACUUUGUCGAGGCUCCUUCACAAAUGCUUGAAUUCUGGACCUGGAACAAGGAUCAGCUCAAGCAAUUGUCUGGCCACUACACAGAUCCCAGCAAGAAACUUGACGACGAGCUUAUUGACUCGCUUAUUCGUUCUAAACAUGUUAAUGGAGCCAUUGCUACUCUUCGUCAACUGUCGUUCGGCAUUUUCGACCUUAGUCUACACACAUCAACUGAUGGCGACGUUGAUAUUGCCAAGCUCUGGAACGAAGUCAAGGAAAAGGUCAUUGGUCUCAGCCAGGGUGGUGAGUUUACUUAUGGAUAUUCUACUUUUGGCCACAUCAUGGGUGGUUACGACUCUGGCUACUACGGAUACAUGUGGUCUGAGGUGUUUGCUUGUGACAUGUACCACUCCAAGUUUAAGGCUGACCCUAUGAGUCCCACUGUCGGUGCCGAGUAUCGCGACAAAGUUAUUGGUCGUGGCGGUUCUGUCGAUCAAACUCUUCUUCUUGAAGACUUCUUGGGCCGCAAGCCUAAUAACGACGCAUUCCUCCAUGAGCUCGGCAUCGUUGCUUAG